AUGCUCGCUUUUGAAUACUUUACCACGCUGGACCGCGAGAUCGACUUCUUAUGGGAUCAUAAGCUUUCAUGGGCGAAAGUUGUCUCCCUGUUAAACAGAUAUAUUGGUCUUCUCUACUAUUUCUGUUCCUUUGCCAUCUCUCUACCUGGGCAGGAUUUCUCGGUGAGUGCACGUUUCACCAUAACGAUCUUUCCAACAGCUUUUGCCGGCUUGCGCGCGCAUGCGGUCACCAUGCGUAAUUGGAAGAUAACCUUACCUAUCGUCCUACUAGGGCUUACAACUGUAAUCAUAGAUUCAAUAGUAUUCAUAUUAUCGCGAACAUGCGCUCUCCUAUCAAAUGGCCUGGUACUUGCUGCAACAUGGGUCCAAACAUGGAGCACAAUCCGUACCGCAAGAGAGUUUGGAUUGUCUGCGUCAUUCGCGUCGUUUCUACUGUGGCAUGGAUUGCAGACGUUUGGGUACGUUGAUCCCGUUGGUGGCUGCACCUCGGACCUCAUGGACUCUGCUUGA